AAAAAAAAAAAAAAAACCCCUUUUUAAUUAACGCCCACUUAUAGAUGAUCAUAACCAUUCCCACAACAACCAAAGUUAUGGCUCCUCCUAACAUCUCCAACGGCAACCACCACCACUACCACCAGAGUAGCCAAAUUGCGAUAAAUUUGACGUCGUCCGGCGACGGUGGCAACGGCAAGUCGAGCUGUAGUGCUUUUCAAAUGCCGCUGCAUUACCCGAGAUUUAAGAAGGCUGAUUACGAGAAGAUGCCAGAAUCCCAACUGGACUGCCUUCUCAGAGAAUACGGGCUUCCGACCACAUCAAUCGGAGACCUUGAUCAGAAGCGGAAGUUCGCCAUGGGCGCUUUCCUCUGGCCCGAUGAGUAUUAAUUAGUAGUAAAUUGUUUUAGCCAAAGGAAGACACAAUCCAGAGUACGUCUGCGUAAGUACGUGCGCCCAUGAUAAUUUCUAUGUACUUCUCACUUUUCUCAGUUUAACUUUGUCUUAUAGUACUAUGUAUCAUGUACAUGUACUUCAUAUUAUUAUUAAUAAUAAUUUGUUCAAAUAUAUUGUUAUUUGCUUAGAGUAGUUUCAUCCAUGA